AUGUCCCCGAAUACUUGGGUAAUAGAAAUGCCUACGCAAAAAACGCGAUCACACCCGUAUCCGCGAAGAAUCUCGCCGUACAGAACGCCCUCCUUGAACAGGAAUGCCUUCACUAGAGAUGUCCCGACCAUAGCACCAUAUGGUCCAUCAAAAAACAAUGAUUAUCCCGUUUUUGAGGAUAUUCGCACCAUAUUGUCGGUGCUGAAGGCUAGUGGCUUGAUGCCCAUAUACGAACAGGUUUCAAACUACGAAGUUGGUCCUCCGACCAAAACCAACGAGUUCUACUCCUUUUUCAUAAGGGGCGUGGUACACGCUUUGACCAUAUUCAAUGUCUACAGUUUAUUCACACCAAUAUCGGCGCAAUUAUUUUUCUCCUACCGAGAGACGGACAAUGUGAACCAGUGGAUCGAGCUACUCCUCUGCAUCCUGACCUAUACGCUUACGGUUUUCGUAUGUGCCCGGAAUACCAAGAGCAUGAUACGGAUCAUGAAUGAAAUCCUUCAACUAGAUGAGGAAGUACGUCGGCAAUUUGGAGCUAACUUGAACCAGGAUUUCGGGUUCUCCGUAAAGUUUUUAGUGGGUAUCGCCAUCUGCCAGACUUAUAUUAUAGUGCUGAAAAUUAUGGCUGUCCAAGGCGAGAUCACCCCCACAUCCUAUAUACUGCUGGCGUUCUAUGCUGUCCAGAAUGGUCUGACAGCCACGUAUAUAGUAUUUGCUUCGGCUCUGCUCAGGAUUGUGCACAUCCGAUUUCAUUUUAUCAACCAACUGCUGAAUGGAUAUACUUAUGCACAGCAGCAAAAGCGUAAAGGAGGCGGGGGGAGGCGACAACAUGGUAAUAUCAACCCCACAAUAAUGGAACAUUUCCCGGAGGACUCGCUCUUCAUAUACCGCAUGCACAACAAACUGCUGCGAAUCUACAAGGGCAUCAACGAUUGCUGUAACCUGAUUUUGGUCUCGUUCCUGGGCUAUUCAUUCUACACUGUCACGACCAACUGCUACAAUCUAUUCGUCCAGAUCACCGCAAAGGGCAUGGUCUCCCCCAAUAUCCUGCAGUGGUGCUUGGCCUGGCUUUGUCUCCACAUUUCGCUAUUGGCGUUGCUGUCCCGGAGUUGUGGUCUGACCACUAGGGAGGCCAAUGCCACAUCCCAAAUUCUGUCGAGGGUAUAUGCCAAGUGCAGAGAGUAUCAGAAUAUUAUUGAUAAAUUCCUUACUAAGAGCAUCAAGCAGGAGGUACAAUUCACGGCCUACGGUUUUUUUGCUAUAGACAACACUACGCUGUUCAAGAUAUUUUCGGCCGUUACCACGUACUUGGUCAUCUUAAUCCAAUUCAAACAGCUCGAGGACUCGAAAGUUGAAGACCCUGUUCCAGAACAGACUUAA